AUGGCGUGUCCUUUUAUUGAUGAGGUGGUGGAUGAGGGAGCGAUAAUUAUACGCAGGGCAUUUCAAAGAGAGCGUACUUUCAGGGGCAGGGCAGACCCGUUGGCUUUUUCUGACUACUACCUACAUGAGCGGUAUAGAUUCUCGAGGGAAGGGAUAGCAUAUAUUUGCAGAUUACUGAGCCCACACAUCACAAAUAGCACACGGGGCAAUAAAGCGCUCACAGUCCCGCAGACUGUGUGCAUUGCACUUUGCUUUUUUGCCAGCGGAACAUUUUUGUACACAGUUGGAGAUGCAGAGAACAUCAGCAAAGCAUCGGUUUGCCGCUCUGUACGAAUUGUGUACCUGUCUUUAAAAAAAUUACUCAAUGUGUUCAUCACCUUCCCUGGCCACAGAGCGAUUCACAGUAUUAGACAAGCCUUUUAUGGAAUCGCUGCUUUCCUAAAUGUUAUCGGAGCUCUGGACUGCACCCACGUGCGCAUAAAGCGCCCGUCUGGUCCGCAUGAAGCAGACUUCGUUAAUAGGAAAUCAUUACACAGCAUCAAUGUACAGAUGAUUUGUGAUGCAGACUGCAUCAUCACAAAUGUAGAGGCAAAAUGGCCUGGCUCAGUGCAUGAUUCCAGAAUCUUUCGGGCCUCUUCUCUUUCCCACCAACUGGCACAAGGUCAAUUCUCAGGAGUUUUGCUGGGAGACAAGGGAUAUGCAUGUCUGCCUUAUCUCUUGACUCCCUAUCAGGAGACGCAGACUGAGGCACAGCACAACUACAAUAUUGCCCAUGCACACACAAGAGCUCGUACAGAGAUGGCAUUUGGGCUAAUCAAGUCAAGGUUCCAGUGCCUGAAUUACCUCAGAGUGAUUCCACAAAGGGCAUGUGACAUCGUAGUUGCAUGUGUUGUGCUACAUAACAUUGCCUGCCUGAGGAGAGAGAGGCAACCAAGGAUGGUUGUAGAGCAAGACUGGGACAUUGAAGGCAUUUUUGAUGACAAUGAAAUAGGCAGGCCUCGCACAUUUGAGACCGAGGAGUCCAAGGUGGCGUUCGUUCUGACUCUACUCUCCAGGAGGGCUGCCCUGUGGGGGAAGGCGGUGUGGGAGAACCAAGACCAAUGCUGCGCUUCGUUCCACUCCCUCUCCGAGGAGAUGAAGAUAGUUUUUGACCGGGCCGUUGCCUGCAAGGAGGUGGACAGAGAGCUCGCGGACCUCAAGCAGGGGAAUCAUUCCGUGGCGGACUAUUCCAUCCAGUUCCGCACCUUGGUGGCAGUGUGCAAGUGGAAACGAAAGCAUUGUUUGCAGUUCCCCGUGUUCAUGUCUGGUCUUUCAUUCCUGUUCUCUGUGUUCUUCUCGUCAUUGGAUCGUCUGUGUCUUUGGAACCCCAUCCACUCCUCACCUUCCACGGAUUAUACCUUUCACCUCCACGGCUUGCUCAUCUCAGCUCCUGUGUCAUGCUCUCCUGCUGACUCUCCUCACCGCCACUUCCUGGAUCACCAUCGGACAUUGUCUCUCCCCGGAUCGCCAUCAGACUUCGCCUCACCCACCUGUUAUCCUGUUUCAUGUUACUCAUGUGUUUGA